AUGGUUGAAAUAAGCGAAGAGUCAUCUGAGCCUCUGGACGCUUCGUCCUCUAAUAGGGCCUCAAGAGAACAAUCUACCGGACCAACACAAACUACGUUAACGGUUUCGCAGUACGUCUCCGAAAAUUUGAUGGAAUGCUGCUUGCUUGUGACCAGACUGAUGACAUUAUUCUUCUCAUUAUGCUACCUGCUACCAUUCCUAUCUCCUGUUGCACCGGAAUCCGCCUACUACAAGGCAUUUGCCGCUGCUGCGGCGACGAACGCUUUACGCAUGCAACAAAGGGUUGGUACUGUGUCAUUUACGCGGGAAUUCUUGGCUCGCCUACUUCUGGAGGAUAGCUGUCACUAUUUAUUCUAUGCAAUUCUCUUCCUCACGUCUGCACCAGUUACCAUGGCUCUGCUUUCGAUCUCGCUUUUUGCGGCCCUUCAUUCGGCUGCGCAACUGGUAAAGUUGAUGACAGCGGUUGGAUAUGGCGGUUCUAGAUUCGCUUUCCAUCUUUCUUCGCUUUGCCAGCAGCAUACUGCAAACUGUCUCGGAAUAAUAGCUUGUGGAGAGAUUUUUCUUAUUCCAGUUUUGAUUUCUAUGAUUUUUGUAGGGAAGGCUUCGCUCUUUGUGCCCUUUGUUUAUUAUCGCUUCUUAACAUUACGGUACGCCUCUCGAAGGAAUCCGAACACAAGGCAGGCGUUCGCGCAAAUGCGCUACUCUUUGGAUCAAGUGGCCGCCUCUCCAAAUUGUCCUCAGAUAAUACGUUCGCUAAUUUACAAUUCUGUUGGUUUUAUUUCUAGGUUAGCUCCCGCUUUGUAG